CUCUAGGAUUCUUCAACCCGCACAUUCAGCAGCUUCUCAAAGACACCCAAAAAGAACAUUCUGCAAUCUCCAACAAUUGUUGCAGAGACACAAAUCACCUGAAAGCUUAUUACUUCAGCUUUAUAUUCAUCAAAUAUGAAGAAAACUUUGGCAGAACAAGUUAUGGGAAUUUCAAUCGCCUCAACAGCAUGCCCUUUUAUGAGCUUACCAAGGAGAUUAUUACCUGAACCUGAAAGCCAAGACCUUGUUCCAUCUUCUGCAAAUAAAAGGAUAGUUAAGCUGGGGAAAAAGGCUAACAAAUUUGCCCUUGGAGUUCGAGAGCAUGUGAGAUUGGGACCAAAGAUAACUGAAAUUGUGAAAGCAAAGUUGAGCUUGGGAGCGAGAAUUCUUCAAGUAGGAGGAAUGAGCAAGGAGUUCAAGAAGCUAUUUAGUGUUGGAGAAGGAGAAAAAUUGUUAAAGACUUGCCAGUGUUAUUUGUCAACAACAUCUGGUCCUAUAGCUGGUCUCCUAUUUAUAUCCACUCACAAGGUUGCCUUCUGCAGCGAAAAAUCAAUUAAAUUCUCUUCUCCAAAUGGGGAACAAGCUAGAGUUUAUUACAAGGUGGUGAUACCAGUAAAUAAGAUAAACAUAGUCAACCAAAGUGAAAACAUGAAGAAGCCAUCACAGAAGUAUAUAGAGAUAGUAACAGUGGAUAAUUUUGAUUUCUGGUUUAUGGGUUUCUUAAAUUAUCAGAAAGCUUUGAACCAACUCCAGCAGGCAAUUUCUCAAGCUCAAAACAAGUGCUAGCACAUCUUGUGCCCUAUGUUUCGUCGGACAUAAUUAAUAAGGUCAACAAGAAAGUUGAUUGCAGAUAUAUAUUGUACAGAAUUUUGAUAGUGAGAAUGCUUAUCAAUCUCCUUAUCAUUAUUGUCUAUAUCAAGGAGAAGCUUUGUUACUGUAUCUCUCAAUGCCAUUUAAUGGAUCUCAUCUCCAAUUUCUGGCGCAA